AUGUCCUACAACCCUCCCACUGGCCCUCCUCCAAACUGGUCUGACAGUAAACAACCGCAAGUGACCGAUGAGCCCUCUGGCGCCAGGUCAGCCGGUUACCAGCCCCAGGGUCAACCCCAAUACGACCAAAGAGGUUUCUUAGGUGGUGGCCACCAUCAGCAGGGCUACGGCGGCUACCCUCAGCAAGGCUACGGUGGUCCUCCUCCUCAGGGUGGCUACGGGUACCCUCAAGGAGGAUACUACCAGCAGCAACCACAACAGCAGUACUAUGUUCAGCAGAAGCAGUCGAGCGGUAACGAGAGCUGCUUGAUGGCCUGUUUGGCAGGUUUGUGUGUGUGCUGUACUUUGGACAUGCUUUUCUAA